AUGGUCGACGUGCGAGCAGUCCGCAGGCUAGAACACUUCGAUUCGCCUGCAGGCCGCCAAACUCGCGAUAUCUCGAAGCGGCACCUCUCGACUGCCACAGAGACAGUGCAGCUUUCGGAAGCAUAUCAUGCUCCUGUGCUCUAUGGAUCGUUAGACUUCGACAAGGAUAAACACGUUUUACAGAAAAUUUUCGAUUCUGGCCCGUUCUGGCGAGAAUUCUUGCAACGCAAGCCUGCAGCCAGACAACAAGAAGGGCUCCUGGGAAUUCAGUACUUGAAAAGCCCAGAGGGCUUUUUCGCCUUCGUUCAAGCUACGAAGCAAAAGUGUGAUGCCCUGGUUGCUAAAACCUUGGCGGCGACAAGCUUGGACGAAUAUAGGGCUAUGGCACGAGAUAUGGACAGACUGAGCGAUCUCCUGUGUCGAGUGAUUGAUGUGUCAGAUUUCAUGAGAGUCUUUCACCAAGAUGCUGCCAUCAUCAAGGCUGCCACGCAAGCCUACGAGCAUAUGUUUGAAUACAUGAACGUGCUCAACACCACCGCAGGAUUGAAUGAACAACUCAAGAAAGCUCUUCGCAUGCCCGAGGUCAGAUCGGUGUGGAGCGAGGAGGAAAUCAUUUCUGCAGAGACGCUGGUCAAGGACUUUGCCCACUCGGCGAUUGAUCAGUCUCCACAGAAGCGGCAAAAGUUCGUGGAUUUGUCGAAUGAAAUCAGCCGGGUUGGGACAGAGUUCGUCAGUCAAAUGGAGCCUGCAAAGCAAUAUGUCGCUGUGACACGUGAGACGCUACUGGGAAUAGAACCUGACGGCACCAAGCAAUUCCGAAGCUGGGGAAAGGCCAUGAUACCAAUACAUAGCCAGGCCGCCAGGAAGGUGAUGAAGUUGGUCGAAGAUGAGGAACCACGGAGAGAGAUCUAUAUGGCUGGCAGAACCUCUUCGAAAAAACAGAUCCAGAGACUAGAGAGACUUUUGCUGAAACGCGCGGAACUUGCAAAGCUUACUGGUUUCUCGAGCUAUUCACAAAUGACCUUGUCGCACAAAAGUGCCCUUGCAAAGACUCCCAGUGGGGUGAAUACCUUCCUAACGUCGCUGAAUGCAAGCAACCGUGGACAAUUACAACCACAAAUAGAUGAGCUGCUCGCCCAGAAAAGAAACUCCGUUCCAAGCGCUUCCGUACUUCAGCCAUGGGACGUGGCUUUGUAUCAAAAUACCCUGAAGGCUCAGUUGGGUCGAAACGCCAUGUCCAAUCACAGUCUGGAGGGAUCGAAUGCCUUCUUCUCCAUCGGUACGAUCAUCUCCGGCCUGUCUCGUCUCUUCCAACGCCUCUACGGCAUCCGGCUUGCUCCUCAGCCCACAGCGCCAGGGGAGGUCUGGAAUCCUGGUGUUCGCCGUUUAGAUGUGAUUUCAGAGACCGAAGGACACAUCGCCGUCAUCUACUGCGACUUGUUCGCCCGCAUGGGCAAGCAGCCAAAUCCGGCACAUUUCACCCUCCGUUGCUCCCGAGAGAUCACAGCUGAAGAGAUAGAAGCAGCACAACUUGGUGACAAGGUCAACGACGGCAUGCCAACUGGCAUCACAAUUUCUUCCAUCACGGGCAAGAGAGCCCUCCACCAACUCCCAGUCAUCGCUCUUAUCUGCGACUUCGACGAGCCCUCUCCAGGUUCGCACACACCAACCCUCCUCUCCCACCACAGCGUCACAACCCUCUUCCACGAAAUGGGCCACGCAGUCCACUCCAUCCUCGGGCGAACCUCGCUGCAAACGAUAGCCGGAACCCGCUGUGCCGCCGACUUUGCCGAACUCCCCUCGAUCCUGAUGGAGUACUUCGCACUCGACCCCUCCGUCCUAAAACUGUACGCCCGGCACUGGGACACAGACAAACCCAUCUCCGACCAUCAGGCCACCGCCCUGCAACAACAACAACACAGAGACCAGACCGAGAAAGACGCCCUCUGGCACAACGAGACACAGAUCCUCAUGUCACUUCUCGACCAAAGCCUGCAUUCUGAACUCGCGGUCGAAGCUGUCGAGCAUGGUGGUGGCCGCUUCGACUCAACGGAAGUAUACCACCGCAUCUGGAACUCGCAUGGCUCGCUGCCCGAGCCGCGGGAUACCUCCUGGCAUGGCUUCUUUGGCCAUCUGUACGGGUAUGGUGGGACGUAUUAUUCGUACCUUUUUGAUCGAGCGAUUGCGCGCCAGGUCUGGCGUGCUGUGUUCCGAGAUGGGCUUGACGGUGCGGCAUUGGAUAGAGCUGCAGGCGAGAAGUUGAAGGAGAAUGUCUUGAGGUAUGGAGGUGGGAGAGAUCCGUGGCGCUGUCUGGAGGAUCUGAUGGGUGGCGGGAAGGGGGUUCUGGCUGAGGGAGGGGAUCAGGCCAUGUUGGAGGUUGGGCAGUGGGGCGUCGGAGCUGGUGCUGAGGGUGGAUUGUAA